ACUUGAAAAGCAUAACCCUAGUAUUUCUGCCUCCAAACACGACAUCAGUGUUGCAACCCAUGGAUCAAGGGAUCAUUCGAGCUUUGAAAGCACAUUUCCGUAAAAACCUUGUUUUAAAAAUGAUCCAGUUUCUAGAUGGCGGAUGCAGUAGUGUUGGGUGCCCGAAGAUCCCUGUUCUUGACGCUAUUCUAAUGAUUCAAGAUGCCUGGACUCAACUCAAGCAAGGAACAAUUUUUAACUGUUACAAACAUGCUGGUUUUGUCCGAAGCAAUGUAGAAUGUACCAUAACUUCAGAUGAUUUUAACGAAGAAGACGACGUACCGCUGAGCAUUUGGGCGAAGGCUAUUGAUAAGCAUCAGUUACCCAUAACAAACGAGGACUUUGAACAAUAUGCGCGUGUCGAUGAUGCUGUCGCCACUUGUGAAGAGCCGUCUGAUGAAAACAUUGUGGAUAAUAUCAUCGCCGACGACGCGAAUAGCAAAGAUAGCGACGGUGAUGAUGACGAACCAGAGUUUUAUCCAACCUUAAGUGUAUCUGAAGCUCUGAAGGCUGCGGAAACGCUUAAUGUAUUUGUUCAGACUAACUUUGAUGAUGACCAUAUGAAAACAAUGAUGUCACGAAUUCACAAUGCUGUCCGAAGUAGUGUUGAGUUGCUCACUCGUGAGGCACCUCAUUUGUACCACUCAUUUAGUUAAAUUGUCGCAGAACUUCACACCGCAUAAAUGUCAUACAUCACUCCUCAAUUAAUUUUACUCAUUUACUCGCGCGCAUCACACACAGCUCUUACCACUCAAACCAUUCAAACACUUCAAAUUUGAAAAAAAACUCUCAGCCUUUCAAACUCACUCGCGUUCCUCACAACUCGCAAGAGAGUCGCGAGGCGCUCGGUGCUCGCCGACAUUCAAAUGAAGAAAUGAGUCAUUGACGUCAUCGCAUUCAUCGCUCACACUAUCAACUGCCCAACUACAAACCUUAUUGCAAGGACAAAAGGUCCACCGAGAAAUGCGUUGUGUUUGUACCAUUCACUCGCCUCACUGUGACAUCCCCUCAAAAAUCCUUUCAAAAUGAAACAAUGAAUUAGAUUUACCGAAAGAGGGAGUGAGACAGACACGAGCCGUGCUUCAAUAACACCUCAUCGAAAAUACGUUAAAAAUGAAACACGAAAGAAAACAAGCGUAAGCGUCCGCAAGCUUACAUACAUAUUACGCCAUUUUGAUCCUAGCAUUGCUAAGUUACUUGUCAAAAGCGAAAAAUCUAAGUCAUCAAAGAACCUACCGAAGAAAGUGUUUUCUCUCUGUCGCACUUGUAAUUUCAUACGUAAGUGCGACAGCAAAGCAAAACUUCGUGGUUCGCGGUAGGCCUCCAUAUUUGUUAGCUAUUAUUGUACUAACGCGCAUACCAGUAUAACCUGACCUCAAGACUCAUAUUGCUGGUGUCAUGUAUAAUCUGAAUCAAUUAGACUGGACAGUGAAAUGGUUACUUGAUAAGCGAUUGAAAUGCCAACCAAGUCUCACUGGGCAUUUACGAAGCUAGCUUAGAAACAGUUAUCGUUUAAGAGACCAAAAUAUUAUUUAAAUUAUUGAAAUAUAAUAUAGUGGCGUACACAAAAUAUGAUAUUUUACAUUAGUUUAUUAAUAAAAAAGUAAAUAUAAUUUGUA